AUGUUUGGUGAUUAUAAUGAUCCAGUACAGUGUUUUUAUCGUCGUACAGUUUAUAUUCAUACACCUUCUUAUGGGAAAAUAUUUGCUCGAUUAGCAGGGCAUAGGUAUGAUGAACAACAGAAAUGUAUAUUACUUAUACAUGGUUCUGGGCCUACAAAUUCUUCAAUGUAUUGGAAUGAUCUUGUAAGAAGACUAUUAUUCGCAACGUCAUCGUCGUCUUCGCUAUCUCCCUAUUAUUUUGUAGCUAUAGAUUGUCCAGGUUAUGGUCGUUCAGAUGGUGAUAAACAAACAAUUCGUUCUUAUCCUGGCGCUUUUGUUCAAGAAAUAAUUGAUUGUAUUUCACCAACAACACAUAAAGUAUAUUGUCUCAUUGGUUCUUCUCAAGGUGUAGCUGCUGUAUUCAAUGCAUUGGUCGAAAAGCCCGCCAUAUCAUCAUUUUUAGCUGUGCAAAAUCCUGUUUCACACGAUCCUCAACGUUUUGUAUGUAUAAAACAGCCUGCACUAUUAAUGUAUGAUACAGAUGAUGAUGGCCAUCCUGUUAGCGUUGGCAUAUUAGUUAAGAAGUAUAUUCCAAAUAAUCAUUAUUAUGAAUUUGCAAGUUCAAAACAACCAAAGUGGUUAGAACAUAAUGCACAUUUAAAGUUGUUACAGCUGUUCAAUGAGUAUGAUGCAAACAAUAAUACAACAAAUGCUUUAUCUUUACAAUUAACAGCAUCUUCGAAGAUUUCUCUUCCUUCUCUUCCUGCUUGUGUAUCUGUAGCAGGUGGUAUAAUCUCAUAUUUAUCAUCAUAUAAUCGUGAACCACUUUAUAGAAAUUCAAACGAAGAAUUAGAAUCAAUUUUAUCAGCAUAUGAAAACCAAAGUGUUCAAAAUGACGAUUUUGUUUCAUUUGAUAUUAAUCCCGGAUAUCCCAAGAGCGCUAUACGUGUUUCUAAAGCUCCGUAUGAAUUAGUUCGAAUAAUGAAUUUAGAAUUCACAUGUUAUUUUAUUAUUCAAUGGAAUAAAGCGUUGAAUUGGCCUAAAUUACGUAUAACCUAUCAUGUUCAAAACAAGCAAGACAGUUUUACAAGAAAUUUAUUAGUGAGAAUACCAAAUCAAGGCAAUACAAUGGCUAAAUCGCAUAAAACACGUGAAGAAGUUGUGUAUAAUUGGACUGAUAGAGACAGAACAAAACCUAAUAUAAAUUAUGUGGUAUUGUCACAUGAUUAA